AUGAACAAUCGACCUGACGAAGCUAUGGAGCAACGUGUUCAUCAAGUAGCGCCGGUCUCCCGAGGAUACGUGCAAGCCCUCGAAGGCCAAAUCGCUUCCUUGGAAAAGUUCAUUACUAAGUUAAUCACUGUUGAUUCGAACGAGAGAGACGUGCUUUUGAGAAAUUUCUCGUCCUCCUCGAAUCAUCUGCAUGUUGACUCGGUGGCCUCGGCAGAAGCUACAGAGGCGAGCACAUCAGAAUUACCCAUUCGGUCACGUACUGGGCACCUCAGGAAGCUCAAGGAUGGGAAAGCAACAGAAUUCUAUGGUGCUACAAGUUUCUUUCAGAUCAGUCCGUCCCAAGACCAAGACCCCACAUCUUCAAUCGUCGAGAGGGAAUGUGAAGAUAAAUCUCAUGUCGAGGGCGAAGUGAUAGCCUUCCCAGCGUCCCUUGACGAGUUCGCCAUAAUUGGGGAUUCCUACUCCGCAUUUUCCCCCCAAAGCGAUAUCUGUCGUAAGCUCAUGGCAGGAUUCUUCCAACACCAGUACCAAUAUUUCAUGUGUCUCUAUCGAGAAUGGUUCUUGCGAGACUUUGAUGCGGGGGCAGGUCCAUAUUAUUCUGACCUGCUUAUGUAUUCUAUCUGCGCCCUAGGAGCACUCGCGAGUGAAGAAAUAGCUCUACGAGACCUCUCGGGCGUAUUCUUUAAUCGUGCACAAGAGUUAUUAUACGGCGGAGCUUUGGAAUCCCCAAAUCUUACAACACUACAGGCCCUAAUCCUCCUCGGGCACCGAGAAAUAGGCAUUGGUAAAGCUUCCAAGGGCUGGCUGUUUUCAGGAAUGGCAUUCCGGCUCGCUCACGAGAUGGGUCUACAUCUAGACCCUAAUAAUUGGACUGGUUCAGAUGAUUCACGUAUUGAGAGAGAGAUCUUGAGACGCACUUACUGGGCUGCCUUUACGGCUUACGAGGAUGGACUUGCACUUAUAGCCGGCUGGGUUCAUCAAGUUGAGCUGUGCAAAAUUCUUCACCGGAUGAUCACUGAAGUGUUCGAGAAUCGAAGUAGGAAGACAGAUGAGACUGUUCUAUCAACCUCUGCGAAAGAAAUUCAUGUUGCCCUCACCAAAUGGUCAUCCGAUCUACCAUCGAAGCUUCACUGGAACCAGUGGACUGUUGGACCUGUCCCGUCCUUGGUUCUUCAUUUGCACAUGCAAUACCAUGCAGCAAUGAUUAUUUUACAUCGACCUCCCAGGCAUAUGUUUCGAGAUCCCAAGAUUACCACCAGUCAAGACGUCAAAAACUGUUACUCAUCUCUGGAAUCACUUAUCAAACUCCUCGGAAUAUACUCCAGGCAACAUAGUUAUAGCCACCUCCCGUUCACGUUCGUACAUAUCCUGGCAACUGCAGCCAGCGCAAUUCUCAUGAAGCGUUAUAUUGAGAGUUUUUCGUGGAUCGAUACCGAAGUCUCAAGACCCCUAAGCCUCAUCAUCGGUGCACUUGAUGGGAUUGCAAAAACAUGGCCAUGUGCAAAGCAAGUUCAAGGGGUUAUCAACUCUGCAAUUUUGGGUUCAACGGAUGAGAGCGCUGAAAUCGAGUCCCCCCAAAGCUUUGAUCUUAUGACUAGCCUGACUGAAGCAGACUACAUCUCUAUGAACCAGGACUUGGAUUUUGAGAUCGACGAUAUUAAUAUUGGAUCAUUCAUGCCAGAUGCUUUCUUCGGUGACAGUUAUCAGUGGGAUGACAGUUUUAACCUAGAUGCAGCUUCUGUUGAUCUUUUCGAUUUCGAGAACCCGAUGCCUUGA